AUGCCUCACACUCCCCCGCCGAACAAGAAGUUGAGCAGGGCAACAAGCCUGGACUCACCACCCGAGAAGACAAUAUUUCGAAUAGACACCGUCGACCUCGACCUCCCUUCUACUACCAAUGGACCUAUUUCAACGGCAGUAGACGAUCAGAGCCAAGAUGACGAAUAUUCUGCUCCAUCUGUUUUGUUUCCUUCCAUGCGUCUUAUGUUAGCAGCAAUGUUGUGUUGUUGCUUCAUCACAUUAUCAAUUUCAUCUUCUAAUCUUGCUGUCGCACUCAUCUGUAUGACAUCUUGUCCAGUACAUGGAUAUGGUGGUACAUUAGAAUGGCAGUCUCAACAAGAAGGAUUGGUGUUGGCUGCUCAAAAUGCGGGAUCUUUAGUUAUGAUAGUGACAGGAAUGUGGGCUGAUAGGUUGAACGGAAAAUGGAUGGUAUUUGUGGGAUUGCUUCUUUGCUGUAUAGGGAACCUCAUGCUUCCACUAUUAGCUUCCAAAUCAUUCUGGUUCGCGGUCCUCGCUAGAAUUUCUAUCGGCGCCAGUGAUGCGUGUUUAAUGCCGGCCGUCAAUUCACUUAUCACACGAUGGUUCCCACAAGCAGAAAGGCCUGCAGCAAUUGGUCUCAUUUCUGGAGGACGUCAAAUCGGAACUCUUUUUAUCCUCCCGACAGCCGGAUAUUUGUGUACUCGUAAAGAUGUUCUCGAUGGUUGGCCAGCUAUUUUCUAUCUCUCCGCCGUAAUUUCCGUGCUGGUCACGGUAUUCUGGAUACCAUUUGGGGCUGACAAACCGGCGAAACAAAUUUGUAUCUCGAGCAGAGAAAAGGAGUUUAUUGAAACUAGAAUUGCAUGUGAAUCCAUAGGUAAACGAACAGACCGAACUCGACGAGUACCAUAUGGAGCAAUGUUCCGUUCAAAACCACUUUGGGCGUGUAUUUUCGCUUUGAUUUGUCACGAGUACCCCCUUGUUAUAAUGCUUCAAUUCUUGCCAAACUAUAUGAGAGAUGUUCUCGAGUUUGCACCGACAAAAAAUGGGAUCAUUGCGGCACUUCCAAUUUUGUGUCUAUUCCUUUCAAAAACGUUCUCAUCAUCUCUCUCCUCUUAUCUCACUACAAACAUGCACUUGGACAAAACGUUUGUUUGCAAGUGUUUUAACGCUACAGCUUCCGCUGGACUGGCAAUUUGCAUCUUUCUUGUCCCGUAUUUCAAUAAAGAAAGUGCAUUUCUCGCAGUCUUUUGCCUGUGCGGUGCAAUGAUAUUUGCUGGAUUACAUACACCUGGAGUAAUCACGGCAAUGGUUCAGAUAGCUCCAGCCUUUUCGGGUAUUAUAACCGGGUGGUCAUUUUUUGCAGUAGCCUGGUUUUCAAUAGGUAACAAAAUUCUCACGAAGUACAUUGUUCAAUCAGGUUCCGUGACCGAAUGGGGUAUGGUUUUCCGAGUAUCUGCACUAGUAGCUGCACUUCCAGUUGUUGUAUUCACAGUUUGGGGUUCCGCUGAUCGGGAGUGGUGGGCUGCUCCAUCUUCAAAAUGCUCAGUCGCCUCAUUUCAUCGCCCUUCAAUCAGAGACCGGAGUCGAGAGAUGUCUAGAGCUACUUCUUCAACUUCCCUCGGUCAACAGUCACGUGUAUCAUCCAGUAGAUAA